AUGGCAAACCCAUAUGCAGUCGUCGACGACGAAGAGAAGGGCUUCGUCGGUGAACAAGCCGACGCGCCCGGCGCCUCAUCGUAUACCUACAUGUACGACAAACUGCCACCAGGGAGCCAUUUCCGCCUUCUGCAACUACUUCCCGGCGAUGGCGGGCGAUUUGAAUGUCAAAUGGCGACCUACCCGCUUGAUUGUCCCGAUACUACGCACCGUAUCGUGCACUCUCAUACUGCUGGCAGAACCCCAGAUUCGACGGUCUGGUCAUCGACGGAGCCCGCAUCGAGGAAGACGACCCCCUCCGCUCACAGCACCUCGUAUGCCACGCGCUAUGGCUGCAGAGCGACUUUCACCCCCGUCACUCUCUGGGUGGACGCCCUGUGCAUCAACCAGGCAGACCUGGACGAGCGCGCCAGCCAGGUGUUGUUGUUGCAGCGCGUCUACCACAACGCGGACGAGGUCUGCAUGUGGCUGGGCACCAAGGACGCGUCGUCGCCUUCGGCCUCGUCAGGCGAGGCCUGCACAAGGCUGGACAUCCUAAAUGCGCCGGGCCGUUUGGCCUUUCGGCUCCUCCGAACGCUCGAGGCCAAGAGUCACAUGAGUAGCUCGAGGCACAUCACCCGAGAAUCGCCAUACAGUGCAAAGUCGAUGGAUCGACAGGGACUGCCUCAUUUCCCGUCCAAGCAUUGGGAGGCGCUGGUGAAUCUCUUCGCGCGUCCAUACUCUCGGCGAAUCUGGAUCGUAGAGGAGAUCAUUGCCACCCCUCUUGCUGCCCCCUUGUACUGCGGCGAUCUGGAUCCCAUCUGCUGGACCACUCUGACCGCGGCCGUCGCCUUCCUCAGCCGCGUCGGCUGGCACCCCGUAAUAGAAUCCUACUAUGGCGGCCAGAACCACCUGUCCUUUAUCCUGACCACGGUCUUGAUAGGGAUGGCCUGGCUGCAGGGCGCAACGACAAUGGUGGACCGGCUUCUCAUCCGCCGGAAGGCGCAGGUCACUCGAAGAUUCGAGGCCACGGACCCGAGGGACAAGGUCUUCGCCCUGAUCGGCAUCGCCAACGACUUUGGCCACCGGGACCUCCUCGGCGAAGACAACCCCAAAGACGGCCGGUAUCCGUACUGGGCAUGGAGUGCCGCCGGCUGGACCAUGCCGACGUACAACCGGCCGGUGGAGCACGUCUAUACCGAGUACACGGCCGAAUGCAUCCUGGACGACGGGGUCCUCGACAUCCUGAGCCACGUCGAGGACCCCUCCCUGCGUGUGAUGCCCGACCUACCGUCCUGGGCCCCCGACUUCAGCGUCCCGAUGACGAUAACCCCGCUGGCAUCUUGGAAGACGCACGCAAACGAGGGCUUCUACUCGGCGACGUGCCGGACCUUCAACAACUUACUAUACAGGAAAACCGCGCCCUCGUGGGCCGGGUGA